AUGGAUCCAGGAAUCGGACUCAUCGUGAACAGCAUGGUUCCCAGUGAGCCAGGAGUGCCUAAGCUCCGACCGAAAUCGACACUCCAGCUACCUGAUGGCUUUUGCGAAAAACCGCACGUGCGUUAUGCACUCAAGUACAUGACCGACCCCGAGCAACGAGAGAGGGCUUUGGAAGUAGCUAUGGCUUGGAAACAGAAGUUCGCAACUGGAAACUGGAAGUCCGUCAUUGCUGCAAUCGAGGCCGCAAGGAAGGAGGACAAGGUUCGCUCAGUCCUAUAUGACGCCGAACAGGACCAUGUGCAAUCACCUGUUCACUUAGCAAUGAGACCACGCGCUAUGACCGCAGCAUCAGCACCCGCAGUGCCACAAGCAAGUCCCCAGUCAGUGUCGUGGCCCGCUGGCCUGACGCGCCAGCACACUGCAAGCGCUUCGCUAUCUUUGCGACGCACUCCAAGAACUAGCAUGCCAAGAGCGUGCCGUUGGGAUGUCAUAACUUCAGGACCUGUGACACCUCUUUCGCCAAUGCCACUGGGUAACUCCUUCUCCGGAAAUGGGUUCUGGACUACGCCUCCAACACAGAUCGAAGAAGACGAAGUGAGUACACUUGUGCCGGAUACAGAAACCGAGCCAACAACUUUGACCGCGCCAAGCGAUCCAGAGGCGUGCAAAGCCUACACGACAGUCAAGGAUGAAAUCGAUUCACUUGCUCGCAAGUACUGCCUCGAGCGUUUGCACACGCUCGCCUCCGAUGCUUAUCUUCCGCCUACAAUGAUUAAGCGGAAAGACGUGCUAGACGCUGCGACAACGGUAUUGCAUGACCGAUCUGUCAUGCUGAAGACGGCUCUCAUCGAAGACCUCCCAGCCAAAUUACGGUGCCGUGCCGCUGAGGAGGUUGCGUUACGACGUGAACUGUGUAUCAAAGACGAGCUGGAACUGUCCGAACAGAAUGACUGGAUGAACAACGAGACUCUAAUGCCAGUUCCCAAAGUUCACGAUAGCGACAAACAGACUGACUACGUAUCACCCCCAAUCCACUUAGUCGUCUCUAUCUUGGACGAACAACGCGAAGCAAUUCGCAUGUUUCGCAAGCAGCGUGGAAGCAGUGACCUGGAGCUCGGCGGGAUUGCCCUUGAAGCUGCUUGGGCACUGAGGGUAUUGGAAGAUGCGGAAGACCUCGUGGCCGCUGAGGGUGAUGGCUUGAGUAGUGUUGGUGACGAAGAUGAGGGCUAUAGCUACUCCAACUUCAUGCGGAGUAUAAGGAGCGAACUGAGUAUAAGUUCGAGCUCGGAAGGGCCUGCAUCGACGGUGGACAAUCGUUCCAAUACCGACCUCACCUCGCUCCGAUCGCGCUCCAAUACACAAAACACGUUUACCUCGAUCAGAAGCCGAGAUUUCCGUUUCUUCCAACGGUCGAGCACAAGUCCUCCGGAAGAGGUCCCGAUCUUGAAGAGCUUCCACGAGUCAAAGGUUUCCAACAGCAGCAACGAGAAUGGUGUCUCGCUACGGCGACGGUCGGCUCUUCACCGUUCAACGAGUACCACGAGCGAGAUCCCAAGCAGCGAAGUCAGCCCGGAAGAUCGAGAGUUCAGACACCGGGGUCCAAGCCUUGUAGAUCUGGACAACUGGGCAGAAGAGCUAAAGAAGAUGGAAACCAUGCGAGCGGAUCGACAGCGAUCAUCGGCCUCACAUUGCCGUAUACCUCGUCGUGAGUACAAUCAGAGCGGUUCAGCGAACAACUCUCGCGCGACUGAUUUCCAACCAUCUCGCAGCUAUCUAUCCUUUUCCUCGGCAUCAUCAAGUUCAGAACAACCCAAGUCGCUCUUCCGCUCCCCUUACGACGAGCGCCCCAUCUCCCAGUUGUCCUCCGGGAGCGGGUCCGUCCUUCGUCCCGCGACGCCCGACCACGAACACCGCCAGCGCAACUUGAGUGAAGCCUCCUUUAAAACGAACAGCCGCGAUACCAGCAAAGUGUCAUUACACGACUCUGUGCGUCGACCAACUCAACUCAACACUAGCAUCACGCCCUACAUCUUCCAUUUCAACAAACUCAUCUACAACUGGUAUGGACUUCCCCAUGCUGGUGCGGCGAGCUAUGCUAAUCACAAGACAGCUCGCAAACCCAUCGCAAAUAUGGUGAACUGGACAGCAGACAAGGAUCAAAUCAUCCUCGUUGGUAUCUUCAAGUUCCAUGACAUCAAGAACUCGGCCCCGCUUCUUAACUAUCUUACUAAGGAGAUCGGUGAUGGCUGCACUCCCAAGGCCGUGAGCCACCGUCUCAGCAACUUGCGCAAGUCUGGCAAGCCUGUUGGCUCGACCACGACUCCCAAGAAGGCGUCUGUCGCUAGAGCUCCACGUACUCCGGCUUCCGGAGGCCGUGCUUCAGCCAAGAAGUCCGUCAACAAGGAUGUCACCUCCGAUGAGUCUGGUGGCGAGGAAGCUGUCCCGUCGCCUUUGGCCAGCCGCAAGCGUACACGUACGCGCACCCCGAAAACUCCGCCGAAGUACGCGGAGUCUGACGCUACCUCUGGCGAUGAUGAUGAGGGUGAGGAGGAAUUCAGCCCGGUCGUCAAGAAAGUCAAGACUGAGCCCGUUGACGAUGAGGUCGCUGCUAGCACUGCGCUCGUGAUUGCUCCGUCCGCUUCGCUUGAGGAAGAGGAGGACGAGGACGAGGACGAGGGUGUAGCCUUCAUCUGAGAGCACAACUCUCACUUUCUUAGGACAGAAACAGCUCGGGGCCAGAAUUUGGUCAUGGUAUCUUUGAGUUGUUUGACAGCUUGAUGGUCUUGUCUUGAGAGUUUGCGUUUUCUACGUUGACACGCAUUGUUUUGCAAACCCCAUCAAUCAAAUUGGAUAUCAGUCCAUCUGCCAAG